AUGCGUACGUGCGUGCACGGAUAGUUCGACGUGGUGCGCGGCCAACGACGAGAGGAAAAUGACACGAUGCUCGCCGGGUUUCUUCGCGAUUUCGUUCUUGAAUGAAAAUGUGCCGGCACUUCGGUAGAAACUGGGUCGUUCGACGGCUGCCACCUUUUCUCGACAAUGAAUUGGUCGAUAACCGUUGCGAUGAGCUCGAACACCCUGCACGAAAUUCUGUUCGCGAGCAGAGUGUCUUGCCGCGACAUUGAACGAGAAUUGGGAAUUCCAGGGAAGACGUGUCACGCGAAAACGAACGAAACGCGCACACUGGUUGACAGACGCAUGUUCGGGACUGGUGUUUCAUAGGUUAUACCGCGUUUCGAGCAAAGUUAAAAAUCGCUGCUGGCAGCCCAGGUCCGGCUUCGUGUGGGAACAAGCGAUGCACCCACUGGGGACGAAAAGAAAAAUAUUCUAAAUUAAUAAACGUUGUACGAGUGUAACUUUACAUGUAAACUGAUGAAAUUGUUGACGAUCAUCCUAAUUUAAAAAGCUUCGCCAAUCCUUUCGUGAAUUGCUCGUUACGAUGUGAAAUUGUUAAAUACCUAAUCUAUAUCUUCGUCUUGAUAAAUCUUGAUGGAAAUUUAAUACUGAUUAUACAUUUGAUCGAAAUUUGGAACUAAAAGAGUUCACAUAAGGCCAUCAGCAUAAUUCGUCCUAAAUAUAUUCUUAAAAAAAUGAACUCUUUAACACCCAUUAGUGUUAUCUCUGACUUUAAAUUGAGGAAAGUAAAUUUAAAAAGAACACAGCCUACAUUUAUCAAAUAAUUUGAACGAUAAUAAUAAUUAUAUAUUAAUUUUAAAAAUUCAGGUUUCGUUCAUUCUAAUUUCUAACGUGAAAAGGGGGCGCCAGCAACUGUAGAACCGGCCCUGGAGGGAAUCGACACAAGUGUGCACGAUUGGUUAUCGAGACAACCGAGAAAAUCGAGUGGCUCACGUGCGUUACGAUAGUAUCGAUCGAUGGAUCGGAUUCGGGUAUAGUCUGCUAAUGUUGAGGCCACAGUAGUCCUCGAUCGACGAAAAUGGGGGAAGAAAGAUUGGACAUAGAGAAACCCCUGUGGGAUGUGACUACGUUCGCGGGGAGAUGGAAGCAUUUUGCUUGGAUGUCUGACUUCAGGACUUGCGUCGUUCCUGAAUCGGAGUUGCUCAAAGCGAAGAAAUUAUGCGAAGACUACAAACUUGGGAAGGAGCCAGCUGGUACAACCCGAGAGCAAAUCAUCUAUGCUAAGAAGCUUUACGAGUCGGCCUUUCAUCCCGACACAGGCGACCUGCAGAAUGUCUUCGGUAGAAUGUCCUUUCAAGUGCCAGGAGGAAUGGCUGUAACCGGGGCCAUGCUUCAAUUUUACAAAACAACCACCGCUGUGGUUUUCUGGCAGUGGGUCAACCAGUCGUUCAACGCUUUAGUCAACUACACGAACAGGAAUGCAAACAGUCCCACGACGGAAUUUCAGUUGGGGUUGGCUUACGCGAGCGCUACCACGGCUGCAAUGAUAACAGCGAUAGGAUGCAAGUCUUUCUGGGCGAAACGAGCCAAUCCACUCAUGGCGCGUUACGUGCCAUUCGCCGCGGUGGCGGCAGCUAACUGCGUGAACAUUCCCUUGAUGAGGCAGAAUGAAAUAAGCCAGGGGAUCGAGAUCAGCGACGAGAACGGCAACAAACUUACAAAAUCGAAGAUCGCGGCGGUCAAAGGUAUCGGCCAAGUGGUAGUCUCGAGGAUUAUUAUGUGCGCGCCCGGCAUGCUGAUUCUUCCACCGAUCAUGGAGAGACUAGAGCGAUAUUGUUGGAUGCAGAGGAUCAAACCGUUGCACGGACCGAUACAAGUUAUGAUGGUUGGCUGUUUUCUGACGUUCAUGGUGCCCACGGCGUGUGCGCUGUUUCCACAAAAUUGCUCGAUUAAGUCAAGCACUUUGGAACGCUGGGAGCCUGAAAGUUAUGAAGUUUUGAAGAAGAAUAGCGGAAACAAGGAUAUACCCACGCAUUUGUACUUCAACAAAGGUUUAUAAUGUAUUAAAACAAAUAGUCGUCGUAAAAGAAUGUUCGGGGACGCGCCUUCCGUCGUCCUCUGCGAAAAUCAUAGCAAUUAAUUCAUGGAAUCGAUGAAACUUUCGCGUACAAUAUGAAAUUCGAGUACUUGUAGUUUUCUGCUGGUUCAGAGGAUGAAACACGUUCUGUGGAGAAUAUACCCUUAUACCAUACGAUACGACAAUACGUGCAUUUCGAAUAAUUUCUUACUCGAUGCACAGCAGUGUAUUUUAUUUUUUUAAGUCUUUAUUACGCGUGCUAUGACACACCAAACUUUGAUACUUAAUUUGCAUUUCAAUCGCCGACGAAUAUAGAUCGUUAAUCGUAAAGUGUGACUAUUUUGCUGCACGCAAGUUUUUUCAAACAGCAAUAAUUUAUUUCAACAGAGUGCUCAAGAAUCAUGCUUCAAGGUAGACAUAUCAUUUAAGUAGUUGAAUAUUGCAAUUGUUCACAUUGUGUUGUUAAUUGUUGGAGAUGUGUCACUAACCUUAAACAACUGUUGAUGUUCUAUUACUACCUCCCUGAACUAUUAUACGAAACUAAAAAUGCUGCCAUGUAUAUUUUAGUAACAUUACAAUAAACACUGGAAAAAUGAA